CGCAAAAUUGCGCAAAAUGUUCUACAAUGUUUUACCGCAAGGCACCGCGGAGAGAAGGAAAGGUCGUCGACGUGCGGAAAGGGGGGAGAGGGAAGGAAACGCGCGACUAACGCGCUCUGGCGUCAACGCGCCGAGCUAAGCCAUCUUCUCCGAGAGGAGAGGAAGUCGCAUACCUUUGCGUCCCGGACGGGUCGCGUAUUGGCGAUCUUGUAUCUAGAAAUUGUCACUUUUCUCUCUCCUUCUCCUUCGUUACGCUACACAGCACCGUGCGAGCGAUGGGGAAGACGAGGACGGGCAAGGCCGCCGUGAUAUGCACGGCGGUGGCGUUCGUUCUGGUGGUGAUCGCGUUCACCACACCCAACUGGCUGGAGACCGACGGGAAACUGGAUAAUCCGCAAUUCGUAAAGAUCGGCCUCUGGCAAGUGUGUUUCCAAGGAUUCCAGGACCCACGUCAUCUCUACGACACCAGGUUCUACGGCUGCUGGUGGGUGUUUGAGGAGGAGUAUUACAUCAUACAUGAUAUCCUCCUGCCUGACUUCUUCGUCGCCACGCAGUUCUUCUUCACGCUGUGCAUGACCCUGCUGCUGAUCGGGAGCUUCCUGACGAUCUUGUACACUUGCUGUUCGCGUCAGCACAACAAGUAUCAGCUGCUCCUGUGGACGACCGGCGGCAACCUGACCUUGGCGGGGGUGUGCGGCGUAAUAGCCGUCAUCAUAUUUGGCGCGAGGGGUGACGGACGGGAUUGGAUGCCCAAUUGGGAGCACAACGACAUCGGCUGGUCCUUUGCCCUGGCCGUCGUGGGCAGCGUUACCCUGAUAGCCGCCGGUAUCCUGUUCCUGAUCGAGGGAAGGAGGCACAGGAGAAAGCAGGAGGAGAUACUGAACGAGGAGCAAAAAACGCACACGACCAUUUAGCACAUAUUCACGCCGUGAUGCAUGACGCGGGGAAUGAACGCCCGUGACAUCACUGACAUCGCGCAAACUUUAUCAAUUUUGAAUCGAUGUAUCGCGGAUAAAUUUUUGAGGACUAAUAAUUUUUUUAUUAUCGUUACACGUCUACUCAUCGUAACAUAUAUUAUAAUAGGAUCUGUCGAUACGUUAUCUAUCUAAGAUAUAUACAUGGUUCGAAUAGACUAGGAUACGCAGAGCUAAUCUACGAUUAUCCUUGAUUAUCGUUGAAAAAAUUUAAGUUAUACAAAGUAUUUUCUAUAUAUAAUAAAAAAAAAAGAAAAAUAUGUACUAGAUUCUAUAUGUCGUAAGUGCUAUUAAAUGUGUCGACAUGGCGCACACAUCUGAGAUAAUCCGUCCAUUUAUCUGUAUUAUUUAAAAAAAAUGUUCGUAGAGACUAAUUUUAUAAAUGUACAUAAGCUCUAUAGAUAUAUAUUAAUGUUGCGAGAGAAACGAAUCUCCCACUUGUAUACCGAUAUAAUAAAAUAAUUUUUCCUAAUA